AUGGCCUCUCUUUUUAGGCCACCGGAAUCAGUAAGACGGAACAGCAAAUCACCAAAAUUGACGCUACCGCCAAUCGUGAGGAACAAUAACGGGACAGGGAAUGGAAGUGUUCUGGAUGGUACUGGUAUCAAAAACAGCAAUCCUAGUCAAAAUAUAUAUUUGCCUUUGAAUACCCCCAAUAAAAAUGUCAGGUCAAGCACGUCCCUUUCCGAAACGACGCCUCAGUCAUCUGCAUCCUGCGCCACUUUGACAAGUAACUCUCAACCACAGCCACUUUCGGCGUCAUCAUCGAGUUCGUCUUCGACAAUCAGGACUUUGAAACGAAGGCCUGCUCCACCACCACUACCUCCUUUGGUUUUGACAGGUAAUUCAUCUUCAAAAUCGCAAUUGUCGCCAGAUUCACUGUCAAACUCUUUACAAAAUUUACAUAUGACUUCAGAGAGUUCGAUUUGUGAUACAGUAAAGACCAAAAAAGAUUCUAGUAUAUCAAAUAUUCUACGGGCACCAAACAGUAAUGAUAAGAUAGAUACUCACGAUAAUAAUAAAGGUAGUGAUACCUUGGGACAUAUUGCAUUGGCCAAAGAGGAAAACAAUCAACUAGCAAGUACUUGUUCGGAAAGCGUAUUGUCGGCAUACGAAGAUGGCAGAAACGAUUCUAGCCCAUCAAAGGAACUUGCUCCAAUAGAAGUGGAGACCAUGGCUGGAAAAGAUGUUGAUCAAUUGGAAGAAGAUCUUUGGCAGCACCCUGAGUUUAAAAAUGAGAUAGAAACCUUAGGGAUAUUAGGAGAAGGAGCCGGAGGCUCUGUUGCUAAGUGCAGGUUAAAACAGGGAUCAAAAGUCUUUGCCUUAAAGACAAUCAAUACAUUGAAUACUGAUCCAGAGUAUCAAAAGCAAAUAUUUAGGGAGUUGCAGUUCAAUAAGAGUUUUGAAUCGGAUUAUAUCGUAAAAUACUAUGGAAUGUUUUCCGAUCAGCAGAAUUCAACAAUUUACAUUGCCAUGGAAUAUAUGGGAGGAAAAUCGCUAGAUGCCGUGUAUAAAAAUCUAAUUGAGCGCGGCGGAAGAAUAAGUGAAAAGGUAUUGGGUAAAAUCGCGGAGGCGGUUCUCAGAGGUCUAUCAUAUCUGCAUGAGAGAAAAAUUAUUCACAGGGACAUCAAACCACAAAACAUCCUGCUAAACGAUAAGGGCCAAGUGAAGCUAUGCGAUUUUGGUGUCAGUGGUGAAGCUGUUAAUUCUUUGGCGACCACAUUUACAGGUACCUCCUUCUACAUGGCCCCCGAAAGAAUCCAAGGUCAGCCAUACAGCGUCACCUGUGAUGUGUGGUCUCUAGGAUUAACGCUGCUCGAAGUUGCACAAGGCUAUUUCCCAUUUGGAAAUGACAAAAUAACACCAAAUAUUGCACCGAUUGAGCUUCUUACAGUAAUUCUAACUUUCACACCAGUAUUGAGAGAUGAAUCCGAACUAAACAUAACUUGGAGCAGGGCAUUCAAGUCAUUCAUAGAAUUUUGUCUGAAGAAAGACCCUAGGGAAAGGCCUUCGCCUAGACAAAUGAUACAGCAUCCAUGGAUUCAAGGGCAAAUGAAGAAAAAAACUAAUAUGGAGAAAUUCAUUCAGAAAUGCUGGGACAAAGAGGCUUGA